AUGGUCACAGUAGAUAGUGCAACCAGCUCAAAUACUCUUUCCAAAUUCUUUCAACAUUUUCGGGUUGUUUUCUCACCGCACCACACAAAAACCGAUAUCAAAAAAUGUUACAAAGCAGUGAGAGCGAGUUCGAGUGAACAGAUGAAAUAUAAUGCACAAGGCAAACAUUCAAAUAUCACAAUCAUUAACAUGAGAUUAUUUAAAAGAAGUAUUUAUUGGGAAUUUAUUGAGUCAGAAAGAGCGCCGCAUGCAACAAUGUUCAGUUUAUUGGCAUUUAAAGCACUUUAUGCAUUCUCAAUAUGGCUAUUAGUGCUUGAUAGCUUUGAAUAA